AUGAGAUCGCCUGACUCCAACGCAGAUGGGCCUUUGGCAGCGGUGCCCCCAACAGAGCAGACACCGCUUCUUCCCGAGCCUCGUCCUCAAGAUGGCGUCCUCAACAGUCGCUGUGAUGCCGAAAAUGGCAGCCUGGGCGAAGGGGAGAGGCAGCAGAAGCAUCCCAUGGCGGACAAGAUGCACGUCUUGCUUCCUGCUGUUGGUGUUGGGGUCUUUCUCGUGGCCGUUGACCAGCUCCUUGCGGUGGCAACUUAUGCCAGAAUUGGCAGCGAGCUCAAGGCUUUGAACAACACCAGCUGGAUUGCGACAUCAUACUUUCUCACGCUCACAAGCUUCCAGCCUCUCUACGGCAAGCUCAGUGACAUAUUUGGUCGAAAGGCAUGCCUCCUCUUCGCGUACGCCGUCUUCGGCCUCGGCUGCUUGGGAUGCGGCCUGGCCCAGAGCAUGACUCAGCUUUGCAUCGCACGAGCAUUCGCGGGCAUUGGCGGAGGAGGCAUGAGCUCGGUGGUGACGAUUCUGUUUUCUGAUAUUGUCUCGCUACAAGAGCGCGGCGUCUGGCAGGGCUACAUCAACAUCAUUUAUGCGAUUGGAAGCAGUUCAGGUGCGCCGCUUGGAGGAAUCUUCGCUGACUCUCUAGGAUGGCGAUGGUCAUUCAUGAUUCAGGCACCCUUAUGCUUGAUAGCCUGGAUUGCAGUAUACUUCAUCCUCGAUCUCGAGCCUCCUUUCAAUGAUCACUGGGUCUCCAAAGUUCGUCAAGUCGAUUUCCUCGGUGCCUUUACUCUUGUCCUCGCCGUCAUUUGUCUCUUGACGGGACUUGACUCUGGCCCCAAUCUCGGAUGGUCCAAUCGCAUCACCAUCGUCUCACUAAGUCUGACGCCCGUCUUCUCCGCCUUGUUCCUCUUCAUCGAGAUGAAGAUAGCCAAGCACCCAUUCGCUCCGGGCCACCUCAUACUGAGCCGAGACUUGUUCCCUUGUUUUCUGGUCAACAUGUUCGGCAUGGCAUCUCAGCUGAGCGCCAUAUUCUUCGUACCACUAUUCUUCCAAGCUGUCAAGGGCCUCAGCGCUACGACGAGUGGCACAAUGCUCAUCCCGGCAACAACCAUGGGGGUGUGCGGCUCCCUUACCGGCGGCUGGAUUAUCAAGAGAACAGGGAAAUUCUGGUGGCCCACCACUAUCAGCUACGGGCUGCUAUUCCUCGCAAUGACACCUUUGAUUGUUACAACCUGGUACGGUUCGCUUGUUGGAGUGACAGCGUCGUUUACGAUGUCAUCCGUGGGCAAUGGGAGUGGUAUCACAACUAUUCUCGUAGGCCUCCUGGCCAACGCCGCGGUGGAAGACAGCGCAGUCGCCAUUGCUUGCUCCUACCUCUUCCGAUCUCUCGGUGCUAGCAUCGGCGUUGGAACCAGCUCAGCUGUACUGCAGCAAGUCCUCAGAACACAACUCGCCUCUCGUAUCGGUGAAGAUGCCGGCCAGAUUGAGGAAAAGGUGCGCCAGAGUCUGGACGUCAUCAAAGAGCUGCCGCCACUGCUGGCUGAACAGGUGCGGGCGAGUUAUCAAGUUGCUACAGUUGCGGCAUUCAUCCCCUCACUACUCUUUGGUCUUGGAUGCUUCGCUGCUACAUUUUGGGUGAAAGAGAAGUCUCUGAAGCGGUAA